GAAAGAUUUCCGUUCCGGUGCAGCAGCUGAGCUGGGGAAGCAGCGAUCGAACACAAGCGCGAUGAAUUGAGUCAUAUUCAGGCUAGGUGAGGUGCUUGACGUCAUAACUGUGACGUAAGGGGUCGGGGGGAGGGGAGAGUGGGGGCUUAUAGUCUGCACGUGUUUGGAGACUCGCACUGCCUCAUGGAGCCCAUCACAGUGUCUGAGUGUAGGAGAACUGCCUCUACCUCCUGCUCACCUCUCUGUCAGACACACUCACUGAGUGCAAGUAGUUAAUGUUUAGCAUGCCCUGGCACUCACUGAGUGCAUGAGCUUAGUGUGAGUAAGGCUGAGUUACCCUCUCUGUGUGCCCUGGGCACUCAGUACAUGAGCUCAGUGUGAGAAAGGCCGAGUUACCCUCUCUGUGUGCCCUGGGCACUCAGUACAUGAGCUCAGUGUGAGAAAGGCCGAGUUACCCUCUCUGUGUGCUCUGGGCACUCACUGAGUACAUGAGCUCAGUGUGAGAAAGGCUGAGUUACCCUCUCUGUGUGCUCUGGGCACUCACUGAGUACAUGAGCUCAGUGUGAGAAAGGCCGAGUUACCCUCUCUGUGUGCUCUGGGCACUCACUGAGUACAUGAGCUCAGUGUGAGAGAGGCUGAGUUACCCUCUCUGUGUGCUCUGGGCACUCACUGAGUACAUGAGCUCAGUGUGAGAGAGGCUGAGUUACCCUCUCUGUGUGCUCUGGGCACUCACUGAGUACAUGAGCUUAGUGUGAGAGAGGCUGAGUUACCCUCUCUGUGUGCUCUGGGCACUCACUGAGUACAUGAGCUCAGUGUGAGUGAGGCUGAGUUACCCUCUCUGUGUGCUCUGGGCACUCACUGAGUACAUGAGCUCAGUGUGAGAGAGGAUGAGUUACCCUCUCUGUGUGCUCUGGGCACUCACUGAGUACAUGAGCUCAGUGUGAGUGAGGCUGAGUUACCCUCUCUGUGUGCUCUGGGCACUCACUGAGUACAUGAGCUCAGUGUGAGUGAGGCUGAGUUACCCUCUCUGUGUGCCCUGGGCACUCACUGAGUACAUGAGCUUAGUGUGAGUGAGGCUGAGUUACCCUCCCUGUGUGCUCUGGGCACUCACUGAGUACAUGAGCUCAGUGUGAGAAGGCUGAGUUACCCUCUCUGUGUGCUCUGGGCACUCACUGAGUACAUGAGCUCAGUGUGAGAAAGGCUGAGUUACCCUCUCUGUGUGCUCUGGGCACUCACUGAGUACAUGAGCUUAGUGUGAGUAAGGCUGAGUUACCCUCUCUGUGUGCUCUGGGCACUCACUGAGUACAUGAGCUCAGUGUGAGAAAGGCUGAGUUACCCUCUCUGUGUGCUCUGGGCACUCACUGAGUACAUGAGCUUAGUGUGAGUGAGGCUGAGUUACCCUCUCUGUGUGCUCUGGGCACUCACUGAGUACAUGAGCUUAGUGUGAGUGAGGCUGAGUUACCCUCUCUGUGUGCUCUGGGCACUCACUGAGUACAUGAGCUUAGUGUGAGUGAGGCUGAGUUACCCUCUCUGUGUGCUCUGGGCACUCACUGAGUACAUGAGCUUAGUGUGAGUGAGGCUGAGUUACCCUCUCUGUGUGCUCUGGGCACUCACUGAGUACAUGAGCUUAGUGUGAGUGAGGCUGAGUUACCCUCUCUGUGUGCUCUGGGCACUCACUGAGUACAUGAGCUUAGUGUGAGUGAGGCUGAGUUACCCUCUGUGUGCCCUAUUAGCGGGGAAGAGCACCAGGGUACUCCAACUAUAAAAAUUACUACCGUUGGCUGAAGUGGUUAUAAUGUAACCCUAUAAUCAUACAAACAAGGCAACAUUAUUGCUCUGUGGAGCUAACGGUAGAAGAAUCCCCCAGCAGUCGGCCAAUUUGGAUUUAUAUUUCUAUUGCGAUCAGCUUCUUUGUAAACUGACAGACCCAAAAUAUCUGCACGCUAAAGUGCUUCAUGUGUCUCGAGUGCUCUUUUUAAAGGUACACUGUAGUCACCAGAACAACUACAGCUUAUUGAAUUUGUUCUGGUGAGUAGAAUCAUUACCUUCAGGCUUUUUGCUGUAAACACUGUCUUUUCAGAGAAAAUGCAGUGUUUACAUUACAGCCUAGUGAUAACUUCACUGGCCAUUCCUCAGAUGGCUGUUAGAGAUCCUUCCUGGGUCAUGGCUGCCUAAAAUGCAUCCAAACAUUCAGUGUCUCCUCCCUCUGCAUGCAGACACUGAACUUUCCUCAUAGAGAUUGAUUGAUUCAAUUCAUCUCUAUGAGGAGAUGCUGAUUGGGCAGGGCUGUGUUUGAAUCAUGCUGGCUCUGCCCCUGAUCUGCCUCUUUGUCAGUCUCAGCCAAUCCUAUGGGGAAGCAUUGUGAUUGGAUCAGGCUAUCACUUCUGAUGAUGUCAGCAGACUGCUUGUUUUUCUGAGUCUAACAGCAUGCAGAGUUACAGCUUCUGGCUUGAAUACAGUAAGAUGUUGCUAUAUGUAUGGAGGCAUGAGGGGCCAAGGGGGGCUAGAUGGUGGUGUUAACACUAUAGGGUCAGGAAUAUAUGUUUGUGUUCCUGACCCUAUAGUGAUCCUUUAAAGUUUUUCCCUGAUCAGAGGGAAACUUUUUGAGAUUUAGUCCACUAAAAAAUUCAGAUGACUAAAAAAACAACUAAAACUAAAAUGGCUUUUUAGUGAAAAUACUAUGACUAACACUAAAUUGAAAUUUGCCGCCAAAAUUAACACUGUACAGAGGGGCUGUGGAAGGGACAAAGACACAGACCAGGGCUUGGGAGAGAGACACCUAGAGGGACUGGGGAUCAGAAAGAGACAGAGGCUUUAACAAUACCCAGUAGAUUUUGUGUUGACUAAAACUAAACCAAUUCAGAUGACUAAAAUACGACUAAAACUAAAAUGGCUUUUUAGUCAAAAGACUAUGACUAAAACUAAAUUGAAAUUUUCCACCAAAAUUAACACUGAUGCAGAGUAGUAAACUGUGCCAGAUUGGGCAAUGAAGGCGGUCGCCUGACACCCAGCACAAGGGUUAACCUGCCAACCAGGUGUGUAGGGCCGUUUGUUAUCCCAGCCUCUCUUUGAUCACUGCAGUUUACCAGUUAUCUAUCAUUUUGCCAAUAACUUUACCAAUUUCCCUUCAUUUUUGAGUUACCAUCUAGCUGUUUAUGUAACUGUGUAAAGGAUAUAUGUAACACUUUUUUCACCAUAUACCAACAACCAGGGACCAGGAUCAUUAACUCUUUCGGUAUAUGGUGCCUCAAAGGUGUCUGAGCCUCCAUUUAUUGAAGAUAUGAACAUCUUCCUAUGUAAUUCUUUAACAAACAGUGCUUUUACUCAGUUUAUUUCUAAAGGAGAUAUGAUCUUUUACACUUAAAGGCACACUAUAGUGUUAGGAAUAAAAGCUGUAUUUCUGACACUAUUGGAGCGCUCUGCCACCCCAAACCCAAUCCCCACGAUGUAAAGUUUAAAAGCCCCAUUUUUCAUUUACCUGAUUCGAAUGCAGAUUACCUGCGGUGCUGGGUCGGGCUCCUCCUCGGAUGACAGCUGAUGGGGGAACUUAAUGCACAUGCGCAGCAAGCUAAUCCUUCCCCAUAGGAUUAAAAUGAUAAACAUCCAAUACACGGGAAUAUCGUGUAGAUGAAAGCCAGCGGAAAUCUCCUGGUGUUAAGCUUUUUGGGGAUCAACACGCUGACUUUCAUCUACAUGUGAUGUACUGCGUGUUAUCUUCGUGUCAUAAUAAAAGCUAAGUGUUAAUGUUUGUUUUUCAAUUUAUUUAUUUACUUAGGUCUCUUGGCAUGGUGUGUCGUCAUGUAAACCAUUACAUUUAUAUUUCAAAAUCCCCUUUAAGAAAUGCCUAUAAACCGUGACUAGUAAUUAGUGAUCUGAUGUAGAACAACAGUUACAAUGAAUAGCUCUGAGCGUUGUAUUGAAAUUUUUACAUUAAUGGCAUGUGCUUCCAAACUGAAGCUUGUUAUUAUUAAUAUUUCUUCACAGUAUGGACGCACAAGACAUUCUGAAUAAAGGUGAUCUACGCGUGGACCAGCCGCAGUCUCCAUGCAAACAGAUGUAUGUAACAGACUGUGAGCGUGUGCCCGGCAGUCCGUCUGGCGUCACCCAGGAAAAAGGUAUUGACUUGGCUGUUAUGUAGAUAUGGCCUGAUAAUUCCAGUUGGCAUGUGGGAAAUGAGACAUGUUUGAUGAGACCUGUUUACGUAUGGCAUAGUUAGUAAUCUUAAACAAUUUUAAAGGUGCCCCACGUAAGAAGCCAAAGAAAACAUUUUUACUUACAUUGGGGUGUGCCAGGGCACUACUGGCACCAUAACUACUGCAGCAAGCUAUAGUGGGUAUGCUACUUGGCGUGUUCAUUUAAAGGGACACUAUAGUCACAAGAACAACUACAACUUCAGACUUUUUUCAGUAAACAGUGUCUUUUCUGAUAAAAUGUGUUUACAUUACAGUCUAGUAUUACCUCCACUGGCCACUUCUCGGAUGGCUGCUAGAGGUGCUUUCUGGGGCAGUGCUGCACAGUGUGACUGACAUUCAGUAUCUCCUCCCUCUGCAUGCAGACACUGAACUUUCCUCAUAGAGAUGCAUUGAUUCAAUACAUCUCUAUGAGGAGAUGCUGAUUGGCCAGGGCUGUGUUUGGUUUGUGCUGGCUCUGCCCCUGAUCUGCCUCUUUGUCAGUCUCAGCCAAUCUAGUGCUUUCCUAUGAGAAAACAUUGUGUUUGGUUCAGAUCAACUCUUCUGGUAAUUUCUGCCAAGCAAGCAGAUCAGGGGCAGAGCCAGCAGCAGCAGACUGCAAUAAAGAUACGAUUGUGCUAUAAUUAGAGGGGACUGGGGAGCUAGAUUGUGUUUAGGGUCAUUAAAACAUUUUUGUGUUCCUUUAACAAAGAAAUGAAAAGGGCAAACCCUUAUGAUCAAUAGAUGAUGUGUACAACAGCAAGGGAGAAAGGACAUAUACUCUUCAGAUUAAAUCAAACUACAAAAGCAUUAUAUUUUCACAAUCUAAAAGGGGGGAAAAAACUUAUCAAUGACUAACCUUACCAAUAAUCUUUGUAAUGUGUAUCUGGAAUAUUUUUUUAUUUAAAUGCCAUUCUCCACUCUUCCUGUCUAUUGCAGGUGCUGGAGAACCUUUACAUGAUGAGAUUAAGGACGAACAUAUACAGCCGGAUCCCUGUAAGGAAAAUCAGUCUGAUCAGGAGAUACCACCAUCCCAGCCUCCAUCAACCACUUGCACUAUGUGCGACAAAACAUUUGAUACCAGUAGCAUGCUAACAGAGCAUGUAGAAAGUACUCAUUCCCAGUGUGGGCUUCCUGACAAUUUCUCCAAGUUUUUUUGUGCAGAAUGUGGAAGAUGGUUCCAAACCCUCCUAAACCUGGAGAAACAUCAGCUGCUUCACCGUGGCGAUAGACCCCAGCAGGUCUCAUUCUGGGGCAAAAAGCUGUUCCAGUGCUGCUAUUGCAGUCGUCGCUUCAGCACAAAUACGCAUCUUCAGCGACAUCACAAAAAUUGUUCUAAGAAAGAUCUACCUCCGGAGCCACCAGGGACAAAGGAACAGGAAUAUGUCUACAGGAAACGGUUAGAGUGCGGUCAGAACAGAUGAGGGAAAUAUGUGCAAUCACUAUGCACAGCAAAGCCCAUGGGGAGCUGUAGUGGCGCAUAUCCUGCUGUCUGUACUCGCUUGUCCCCUGCAGUUUGGGGCUGUUAAAAUUAGUAUUUUCUAUAUGACCUCGGGUACCUGGAAUAAAAUACAGCCAGGUCUUUGGCCAUUAUUUUCCAACAUGCUCUGUGAUCCCUAUAUGGUAUUUCCACUUAAUAUUUGUAACAAAGCACUUCUUGAAGAGUUAUUCACUGAUUUGUGAAAUGUUGGGAAUUUCAAGUGAAUUAUCAGAAUGCAGACCAUAAUCGCUAAAUAAAAAAACAGUCAGCUGUAUUUUUAGUUUGACUAUUUUGGCCUUAAUGCGGCACUUUCACCAUUUGGUGGCAGCGCCGCCUGGGGGGGACUGGUAAAGUGAGGCACGGCAUUGCGAUCUGGCGGGAUCCUCUUUGGCGCCGACAUCACUGCUACUAUCGUGCACACAUGAGAGGACAGCUUUGAGAUCUAUGGAGGAUCCCGGAAGACUGACGGCAGUCGGGAUUGACUCUUAGACUCUGCCUUGUGUCUAAGAAACUCAGUCGGAGGAGAAAUACAGAAACAAAGUAGUUCCUACUGUGUCUCUGUAUAUCUCUUGACUGGGUUUGGAUUUCAGUGACAUUCCAACACAGUCAAAAUUAGUAUUUCAUAAAGAAAUUACAGUUUUUAAAGUGACAGGUCUGCUUUAAAUUUGAUAUUCAUUUGGAUUUUAUAACAAUUCAAACUUUAGUGAAUAAUCCUGUCUAGCAUAUCAACUUAUUGAUAAGCUGUGUCUUAUGUGUGCUCGUACUGCAAUGUAGCUUAUUGCAAACAGUUUUACAGGAGUCACUGAAUACUAAAGACAAAUUAAGAAAGCAAUUAAAGGAAUAUUCUGAGCACAGCUCACUGUAGUUGCCAUGGUGCUCUUGCACUCCUCACUAUAAGGAGUCAGACCGUUUUGGAAUGGUUUGACUUUUUGACUGGGGUCCUUUGGUCGUCACUCCCUGCCUCCACUACUGAUUUGUAGUCGGAGUGUUCCUUUAAAUAACCUUAGCUGGGGACUUAACUCUUCUACCCUGUUAAUGUAAUUCAAUUUGGAAAUAUGUCAACGUAUUCUGAAAUACUGAAAGUAUUGCUUAUUCACUCUGAGACUGAAUUAAUUAUUAUGAAAUUCAAGGUCAAUCCCUGACAAUGACUAGGCAUGUGAAUUACAUAUUAUUGCAGAAGAAUAAAGUCCAGGGGCUUUUUCUGAGGGAGUUCCUGUAAGGAGAUUUGAAAUGCAAGCUUUCUAGACAAAUAUUGUCUCUGAAAAUAACACACCGUUUAGACACUUGGAAGGAAAUAUAAAUACGUUGAUCAUCCCAUAGUGCGGCCUGUAUAUGAAGGUGUCAUUUGCACUUUAAAGGCACAUCCAGUGCUUUAUGUGUGCAGAGUGUGUUUCUUGUUGUUUUUUAAUUAACGUUUUUAGACCCUCUGGCUGACAAUCAGAUAACAGAUCCCGUUACCCGUUAGUUCCUGGUUGUUUAGCUCAGUGGAGCUGACCUCAAGAGACCGCAAUAGCUCAGAGCACCUGACUUUCAAAUACUUCUCAUUGAGCUGCAUUGGGAAGUCUGUGAUUGGGCAGCCGCCGAAAGUCUGUGCUGGGGAGCAAGGGGACGGCGAGUUCUGCAGCUAUUGCAAGCUGUUUUAAGAUGAACCCCUAAAUGAAAUAAAGCAUAAUUAACCCCUUAAAACCGGAGGGCGUACUAUUACACCCUAUUCUUAGCAGCUCUAAAUGCCACAGGGCGUAAUAGUACACCCUCCGUUUUUUUGUUACUUACCCGGUUGCCGGCAAUCCCACGCCGACGAUCGCAGUUGGGGAGACUGACCUGGGAUCCCAGGGAGUCCCCCGCGGCGGAUCCUGCCUCCUCCGGUGAUUGUGAUAUUAAUAUAUAUAUUUAUAUCAAAAUACACGUAGAACGAAAUAAUGUGUGUGUGUGUGUGUGUAUAUAUAUAUAUAUAUAUAUAUAGCUAUAUGCAUAAAUAUAUACAUAUAUAUCACCAUAUAUAUAUCUAUAUAUAAAUAAAAAUAUUUUUUAAAAAUUGUGUGUGUGUGUGUAUAUAUAAAAUAAUUCAACAUAUAUAGUUAUGUAAUAUUUUUACAUAAUUAGGUAUCUUAAUUAAUUACAAUUAGCGGGACCUGUCUGACAACCCAUGCCGAAAGUAUAGAGAAUUUAAUUUGCUAGCACUAUAUUUAACCCUAUAACUUUCCAAGACACCAUAAAACCUGUACAUGGGGGGUACUGUUUUACUCGGGAGACUCCGCUGAACACAAAAAUUAGUGUUUCAGACAGUAAAAUGUAUUACAAUGAUGAUAUCGCCAGUAAAAGUAAAGUUUUUUUGCAUUUUUCAUGCACAAACAGCACUUACACGGACGAUAUUAUUGCUGUGAUACUUUUUACUGUUUUGAAACACAAAUAAUUGUGUUCAGCGAAGUCUCCCGAGUACAACAGUACCCCUCAUGUACAGGUUUUAUGGUGUUUUCAAAAGUUACAGCGUCAAAUAUAAGGCUUGUGUUUCAUUUUUUUUCACUUUAAAAUUCGCCAGAUUGGUUGCGUUGCAUUUGAGACCCUAUGGUAGCUCAAGAAUGAAAAUUACCCCUAUGAUGGCAUAUCAUUUGCAAUAGUAGACAACCCAAGGUAUUGCAAAUGGGGUAUGUCCAGUCUUUUUUAGUAGCCACUUAGUCACAAACACUUUUCAUAUUAAAUUAUGUUUUAUAGCUAAAUAUUUGAUAUUACAUGAAAGCCCUGUUUCCCCUGCAUAAAAUGAUAUAUAAUAGGGUGGGUGCAUUUAAUAUGAAAGAGGUGAAUUACGGUUGGACAGACAUAUAGCGCAAAUGCCAGAUUUUGUUUACGUUUUGUUUUGUUCACAACGUGUACAUUUGGCUCAGUCCUUAAGGGGUUAAAUACAUGCAUGUUUUCAUUGAGGUACAUCUACUAAACAGAUUUUUAUUUUCGACAAUGGAGUGUCUCUUUAACGGAGUUAUUUACCAUAUUGUGAAUUUUAAAGGAUUCAGAGUUUCACAUUUUAAGCCAAAAUAGCUAAUCUAAACUGCGUGUAGCGUGACGUGUAUUUAAAGGGACUCUCCAGUGCCAGGAAAACAAACCUGUUUUCCGGGCACUAGAGAAUCCUGGCGUGCCCCUCUCCCUCCCGCCCCCCAUCCCAUGUCGCUGAAGGGUUUAAAACCUGAAUCCAGCACUGAUGUCCCCCAGCGCUGGGUCAGGCUCUGUCCACGCUCUGCUGGCGUUGGCUGGGAAGAUCUAAUGCGCAUGCACGCAUUAGACCUCCCCAUAGGAAAGCAUUAUACCAGCGUCAGAUUACCGACCAAAGGUCGGUUUGGAUUCCGGAAUCGCCCUCAGUGGCUGUCUGGUAGGCAGACUUAGAGCUGCAAUGUAAACAUUGCAGUUUUCUGGAACUGUAAUGUUUUAUAUUGCAGCACUAAGUGGAAAAGGGUCACAGCACCCAGACCACUUCAAUUAGCUGAAGUGGUCUGGAGUGUCCCUUUAAAGUGCAUCCAUCAUGUCAAACAUGCCUUGGUACCGGUUUAUAGAAAGUAACAAUUUCACCUAAAUAAUCUUCUAGACAAAUUGCUAGAACAUGUGUAUAUAAAAAUUUAAUUUUUGUGUUUACGUUAUUAUACUUUAUGCGACCAGCAUAGCAGUAGAGGGGGUAUAAAAUGAGAACACACCACCUCCCACAAUCCAUGUCAUGCACCCAUCUCUCUACACUAUUCUGGGAUUCUCAGAUUACAUCUUUUGCUUUUUACAUCUGCAGGCAUUUUCACCAUCAUAUUAUAUACCUAACUGAUAGUGAAUCUGUCUCCAAUGCAAUUUAUGACCUGAGCAGUCUAGAGAGCUUGCACUCUAAAUCUAGUAUCACAGGAGAGUGUCAGAAUGUUCCCCUUUCCCUUAGUAUUAGAGAGUACUGGUAUUUUUAAUACUGUAGAUAGAAUAUCACAUGGAUCACAGGUUUUAUUCUGCUCCCCAUCACUCUGAUCUGUUUUGCCAGGGCUAAUAAGUAGCACUAGCAUAUCAAAAAAAAAAGGUUUGGUUAGUGUCAGCAGUCAUUUGUAGACUUACACGCCCCACAGAUCUCCUAUUGGAGUUGUCAGACUGGCUCUGUGGGGUGCUAGGCUGUGAUUUAAUCAUGCAGAGCAGAGUAAGCACCAGUCACGAUAGACAAGGCACUGCAUCCCUAUGUCACCACAGCGAGACUACAGAUUGGGGAUUUAUUUUGCUCCUUUACAGAUGCUGCUAAAAAUAUAAAAAGUUUGCAUCAAAAGCAGACUGUCCUGCUGUAUGUAAUAUAUUCUUUAAAGCGAUCUUACAGAUCCUAUUAACCCCUUAAUAAGUUGCAUAGCUGCCACAGAAGCUAAGCUUGUCAAAUUGUCAUGAACUGAAUUAUUGUGACCGUGGUUUACAGAUACCGUGAACUGAAGACAUACCUACCAAGUGUCCUAGACUUGGCAGUACAGUCCCAAUUUGGACACACAUGGGCAGAUUUGGCAAAUUUGAUGACACAUGUAUGAGAAAAUUCCAGAAUUCAUAUAUCCGCAAUGAAGUGCUUUGUGUCAGUGCCACCCCCAAACCAAAAGUCGAAUACCGCUUCUCUCUCAAUUUUCAUACCUCCCAGCAUAGGGUGGUACUAUAAUGCUCUUAAUGUGCCUUUGUUUUGUAUUGUCUAACAAGGCAAAGUGAUUCUCUGGUUGUAUUGUUUGUGCUGAAUACUCCAUCUAUCAUAAUUAUUUCCACUUGACAUCAUCAUAAUCUUUAGGGACAAAUAGGCACCAAAUAGUAAGCAAGGAGCCCAAGUAUGUAUGGUGGUUGAAGUGCUAUAACAAGUAAAAAAGUACAUUUUGGUGCUGCAUACUUAAAGGAUCACCUUAGUGUCAGGGUCCCCCUCCUGUGGUGCCCUCAGUUACUUACCAACUUCCACCGCCGUGCUCCCUUACCUCUCCUCCCCCUGCCGACGUCAGCUCCUCCGUCUGACGUCAGCGGAAUGCGCAUGCGCCGCAGUGCCGUGCGCGCCUUCAAAGUGUCCAUAGGAAAGCAUUUUUCAAUGCUUUCCAAUGGACGCUUUGCGUGAUGGAGGCAUAAUAUGCCUCAAGCGUCGCAGAUGCGCCUCUAGUGUCUGUCCGGAAGACAGCCACUAGAGGCUGGCUUAAUCCCAAAUGUAAAAAUAGCAGUUUCUCUGAAACUGAUAUGUUUACAUCAGGCAGGGUUAACCCUGGAGGGACCUGGCACUCAGACCACUUCAUUGAGCUGAAGUGGUCUGGGUGACUAUAGUGUCCCUUUAAUGCAUACAUUUGGCCUUUGACAUGGCCAGUCUGACACUUUUUCAUUUUAGGCAAUAUGACUGCAACUGUGGCCUUGAAUCAGAGCUUUUUUAGUGACUUUAUGAACCACUGCUAAAUAUUUAUGUACCUGAAUGAAUCAAUAAGGGACAAUGGGAUUUUUGUCCAUCGCUAACAGGGAGUUGGUGAUGGUACAAGGUUACGUUGCCUUUUUAUUAAAAUUUUAACCCUUUUAUUGGUUCUUCUUUUACGCUAUAACCUUAAAUUUUUUGAUAUACGCCAUUAUUUCAGUGAAGCAACAGAUUUAUCACUUUUCCUUCGAAAAAUUGUGUAGUUUAGGUAGAGAAAAGCCCACACUUUUUAGACCAUUUUUAGAAUAAGCUAAUAAAUGCAAACAGAUUAGAGCGCAAAAAAUAAGACCAUUUUCAGAGCACUUUGACAAAUAACCUCCAUUGUCUUGUGUAGUUUGGCUGCUCUCAGUGCUCGGGAUUUAAGAUGUGCCCAGUUGGGUAAACACAGGGAUUACCACAAACUGCUGGAAUUAAUAACUCCAAGCUUUUAGGAAAAUUUGUGCAUUUAUGGUGCUUGAAAGACGUCUGAAGCUCUGUUGUUUUUUUUUUGUUUGUUUUUGUUUUUUUACAGUAGGGUCAGGCGACGCGUUCCACAUAAAGAUGAUCUACGCAUUAACCAGCCACAGCUUUCGUGCAGAGAGUUGUAUGAAAUGGACUGUGCUCGCGUGCAGGGCAGUUCUCCUGGCGUCACCCUGGACAAAGGUAUCGGCUUGUUGGGUAAUGCGGGGUAUACAAAAUUUAGCCUGAUAACUCGACAUUUUAUCUGCUCACAGAAUAAGCAUUGUAGGUGAUCUUGUGGUGUUAGUGCUCUUCAAAUAUGAAGCAGUUUAGGUAGUAAAUGCCAAGUUCAAAAACAAAAUGUAAGUGCAUCAUUCAAAAUGGGAUACUUUUAAAUAUUUUAGCUUCCACAUCUAUAAUUAUAAGUAUUGAACAGUGAUGUGGUUGUCUAUCUUACUAUCUCACAAUACAAGGUGGGUUUUAAAUUUUGUUAGCUAUAAUCACUAGCUCUCAACAUACCCCAGUAAUUUUUUUUUUAUUUUUUUUUAAAUGACUCUUUUUGAACUACGUGGGUAACAGUUAGUUGUGCAAAAUGGAAUCAAGAGAAAUAUGUCUGUAGGUUUUUUUUUGUUUGUUUUUUUUUUAUUCUACCUGAAUAAUGUGCUAUCGUUUAUUUUAUUUUUCAUUCAAACUUUUCAGGUGUUUAGCUAGCGGAUAUUCGUUUAUAAAGAAUCCUCAACUACAGGGGUUCCCAAAAGGUAGAUUUCCAGAUGUUUUAAAACUACAACUUCCAUGAUGCUUUGUCAUUCUAAAGACAUGCAAAGGUGUGCAAAGCAUCCUGGGAGUUGCAGUUUUGAGGCACCACCGCUCUACUAGGUGAACUGAGUAUUAGAUGCUUUGUCUUUUAGAUUGUGUUCCCAUGAUUCUUUGCUUGCUGUAUCAGUUUGAUGGCACAGAAAAUGUUUAAUUGAACAUUCUAUGUACCAUAGCCCCUACAGUUACUUUUAGUAGUGUUGGUGCCUAGAGUGCAGGCUGUAGUGGUUAUGGUGCUGAAAGUCUUCCUCCGGUAGUUCAUCAACACAAGUGGGGAGCAGUGAUUCAGAGAGCCAAAUCCUAUUAAUGUAGAGAUCACCUGUAUAGAUGUAUUCAAAUCACAAAAUAAGAAAGUGAAACAUACUGACUUAUUAUGCUGUCCGUUUUGCCAAAAAAAAACCACAGAUGUACUGUACCUAUAGUAUUAAUGUACAAUAACCACUGCAAAAUACCUUAGAUGCUGUUUUGGUGCUUUAAAUUUCCUUUAGCAAUAUUCCAGCCAUAAUCUCCGCUCUCCACAGUCCUUAAAACACCCUCCUCCUCUCUCCCUGUGUGCUUGCAGGUGCUGGGGACCCCCUUCAGUGUUGUAUCGCUUCGGAAGAUGAGAUGUUUAAGGACUCACACGUGAAAUUGCAACACAGUAAGGAAAAUCAACCUGUACACGAGACGCCGCCUUCUUCAACAACCUGCGCGGUGUGCGACAAAACCUUCCCUAACAGCAGUGCUCUGACAGACCACUGUGAGAAUGCUCAUUCUCAGUCUGAGCUUUCCGAAAAGGUCUUUGUGUAUCGCUGUGAGGAAUGUGGAAGAGGUUUCCAAACCCUCCUAAACCUGGAGAAACAUCAGCUGCUUCACCGCGGAGACCGACCCCAGCAGGUCUCAUUCUGGGGCAAAAAGCUGUUCCAGUGCCGCUAUUGCAGUCACCGCUUCAGCACAAAGAUGCUGCUCCAGCAACAUUAUGGAGAUUUUAGCCAGAAAGACCUACCCGAGGAGCCACCGGAGACACGGGAUGAGGAGCAGAGCCACAUGAGCUGCUUAGAGUGUGGACUAAACUUUACAGAGGAGGAAGAUCUGCACCAACACUACAUACAACAUGCCCGUGGGGAACUGUAGUGCCACGCAUCCCACAACUCUCCUAACACUGCAAAGACAAGUUUGGUCAGAAGCUUAAAGGAACACGAUAUUUCUUUCUUUUCUUUAAUCCAUUUAGUAGAUAUACCCCUGAAGAAAGCAUGCAUGAGUAUAUUUCAGCAUGUUUUUUGGUUGUAUAUGAAAAACAGCUUGCAAAAGCCAGACUUGCUGUCUACCGCCUCUGCAAGCCCUCUCCUCUUUCCCCAGCAAAGACUUUAAGUUUGUCAGUGAAUACCCCAAUCAGAAUCUUCUCAUUUCAAAGCCUCUGUGCUCGAGCUGCGAGCGGGCAAUCGCGGCUUUCUUAUGAUUCUCAAUGAGCUGUAGUGCACGUCAUUGAGAAGGCAGCGUGCCUGCCGCUUAUGUUAGCUGGGAAGGGAGCAGAAGAAAAGCUCCUCGCUUGUCUUUUAGACAGCUGGGGAAAAAUGUUAAAGAAGUUUUACAAAAGUGCUGAUUUAUAUUGAAAUCAAAACACUUUUAUUAACUGUGAUAAAUAUGUUCCUUUAAGAAUCUGUUGCCAACCCUGGAAGAUCUAGUCCAAACCCAUCCAUUUUCCAAAUAUGGCUAUUUGCAGUGCAGUAUUAAUGGAACAUUCUGACUUAAAAAACAAUUAAGGAAGCAUUUGACAAAGUUGGCAUCAUCCUUCUGUGUUUGAUAAUGCUGAACAUGAAGACCUUCGAAAAGUUGGUCCGACCGCUGCAAGAGACUUGUUUUUGUCUCCAUCUCCAAUACGAUGUAAUGUUUUCGGUGCUUGAAUUGUCUCUUUUAAGCACCAUACAAAAAGUGCUGUGGCAGAACUGUAAAAUAAAUAGACAAAUGUGACUCGUC